AUGCCGAUUCAGCUUCCUGAGUAUGAUGAAGUUGAUAAUAGGGGUAUUUCAUCUGGGAGAAAAAGUCUAUUCACUCGGCUCAUUAAUAGCAUCAGAUGCCACAAUAUUCCCAUGGUCAAUUUUUUCAUCAUGUUGGUUCUUGGCAUCUUUUUAUAUAAGCUCACUACAAAGUACACAAACUUGUAUAUGAAAAGUUCGUUGAUUACCAUUAUUGUAACAAAUUUGGUACUAUACGGGAUAUCUGAGAGCUUAGCACAACUGAUUUUAGCAUAUCGACCGAAUGAGCCAUUAAUUAGUUUCAAGAUCAGAGACCCAACAGAAUACAAUCCUUCUUCCAUAUAUGCCGAUUCUGCAAACUUUCUUGGUGAUGCUGGAGCUGGAGCUGGAAAUGACCUUGACCAUGACCAUGACCAUGACCAUGACCAUGACCAUGACCAUGCUUUUGACGAUACAAUCAGUAUAGACGAAGAAGGUUUAGAUCGAUUCAUAAACUAUUUACGAAGAGAUAACGAAGAGACAGAAACACGAGAAGAAGAUUUUACCCCUGCCCCACCAGUACCACUAACAUAUUUCCAAUUCAACAGACUUGCCGGUUUCAUGUGCUGGGGAUUUAUAAUGGGAUUUGUCCAAUGUUGGUGGUACAAGUUUCUUCAAAUUUACUCAAAAGAUCCCAAGUUCAUUGAAGUCUUGCGUAAAGUAAUGACUGACCAAUUUUGCUUCUCACCAAUCUCCUUGUUUUGUUUCUUCACGUAUGGUACAAUAAUUUUGGAAAAUGGUACUUGGGAUGAUACUAAACUAAAAUUAAGCAAGAUAUAUUUAAAGACAUUGAUGAUAAAUUAUUCCGUGUGGUUCCCUGUCCAGUUUUUCAACUUCCUAAUUGUGCCCCGCGAUUUCCAGGUUCCUUUCAGUUCAUCCAUUAGCGUUCUUUGGAACUGCUUUCUUUCAAUGCGUAACUCAUCAAAUUAG